UCUCCAUUUCUUCUUUUCCCCGUCUUCUUCGCCUUCUUCUUUCUCGUUCUCGUUCGACACUGCAGAUUAUAGAUCGACAGCGGACGGAGUUCCUCCCUCCGCCCGGCGUUCUUGCCCAAGAGCUCCCUAUCUAGUAACCAUGUCUGAAACUCUGAAACACCGUGGGACUAUAAAGCAUAGGUUCUCGACCCUCAGAUGGAACAAAGCCAUUUCAAAUUUAACUGAUAAGCAAAAAGGAUAUGUUUCGAAACAUGAUCUGGAUAAUCUGUUGCACAUCAAUAAGCAUCUCAUUGUGCCCAUCGGUUUCAUGCAAUGGCUUGCCGACCAUACUCACUCAAAUGUUGUCUUCAAGUACAAGAACAAAGUUAUUCAAAUCCAAAGGGAAAUGGUCAAUCAGGUUUUUGGAAUUCAAUCUGGUUCUGAACCUUUUCCUACCGAGAGCAAUGAUCCUGCUGUAGUAGCAAAAGUUAAGGCACUCAGUGAUAAAUAUAAAUCUGGAAGUAGGACCAUUCCAAUAGAAAACAUUGUCAACAUGAUGAAGAAUGAUGAAACUGAGGAAGGGUUUAUUUGUAGUUUCCUGUUUCUGUUCAUCUCAACAGUUCUUUGUCCAAUCACUGGCAACUACGCGAUCUGGAAGCUUCUGUACGGUCUGCAUGACAUUUCAAAGUUGUAUAAUUAUGAUUUGGCAAGUUAUUGCGUCAAUCACCUCAGUGAAGAGAUCGGAAGCUUCCACGAAAAUAUUUUUAACAGAGUCUCAAUUGUUUUGAACGAUCCCAUCUGGGUUGGCGGCUACCUGCCCAUGCUUGUUAUCAUAUAUAUGGAUUUUCUGGAUCUUAAUUCUGCAAGGCCAUUUAGGAGCAUUAACUACAAUGUGCCCAGAAUGGUUCGUGUGCAGAAUGUUGAUUUACUUCAUGCAGCUAAUGUUGAUUUCAAAAGGACAACUAACAAACCAGUAGCAUAUGGAACACUGCCUCUUCGGGACAUUUCCACCACACCAUAUGGAGCUCGUCCACUAGCAUUGGUUGAGGAUACAUGUUUCAACGCCAAACAAGGAACAUUGGCCACAAGACCACCGGAAGAUGUUGGUUUGAAAUCAUCCAACCAACCUGAAGUAGUGCAAGUUAUAUUAGAGGUGGUCGCCAAGCAUGAUGAGCUGUGGAGAAAAAGUCAUGAAGAACACAUGUCUCGAAUGCGUGCAGAUUUGGCAAGCAAUGUGUCUUCCAUCAUUCCAAGCACCAAUUCUAUGAUGGCAAAUACUACCACCCCUCCUGUUAUUAUCAGCCAAUACCAAGGGACAAUAGCAACUCAGUCAACAGUGGACUAUAACAAUCAGGGAAUGUUAUCAAUGGUGAUUACCAAACACGAUGAUUUGUUGAAGAAAGUCCAUGAAGAACAUGUAUCUAAAGUGUUGACAGAUAUGAGCAAAAGUGCGAUUCCUUGUGCACAAAAUGUGUGCUCCCAGUGUAAUGAAGCAAAAACUCUUGUUACUCGCAGUAGCAAUACCCACAACAACGACAGUGCUCUUGUGCGAUACCAGGCAACGGCUGCUGUCAGUCAAGAUCAGAAAGUUAACAAGAACAACAUUAUCUUCCUGAUAUUCAGCAAGUUAACAAGAACAGUGAUGUUGGCAAAUCCAUAGGACAAUCAGAACUUGGACUUCCACACAAAGAUUGUUCUUCUACGAGAGUGGUUCCUGAUAUUCAGCACGGCAUAACCCUUGCUAUGAUCUACGCUGAUGAUGCAGGAUCGAUGCCCUCCGAUGUUAAUGAGACAAGUACUCCAAAUGUUCUAUCUGGUCGUAGUACCAUCCAGAAAAAAACAGGAAGAAAAGAAAAGCAAAAAAGUUGCCCCCUGCAUCUCCAUUAUCAACACUAAAUCUAGAACCAGCUAUUGACAACUUUUACCAAAAGUACCUAAACUACAAGUUCUUCAAACACAAUCCCACUGUUCUAGAUUUCAAUGACCAAACGGUGUCAUAUGUAAAGUUCUACAACGCUCUAAAACCAAUUGGCAAAGUCAAUGAUGAGGUCAUGGAUGCCUAUGUUGCAGUUUUCAACCAUGAGAAUUUGAAUCCUGAUCCAAAAUCAAAGAAGCCUUCAAAAUUUUCAUUCUCAACACACUUUACAACUAAAUUGCUUGUGGAGCCUGCAAAAUUCGGCACCAGGUCUUGCCUUUGAUAAUUCAAGAGAAUCAACACAGGAAACAACCUGCACAAAUGUGACUUGGUAUAUUAGAUCUGUUUUCAUGAUUGUGACUUGCCAUUGGACUUUCUUUUGCGUCAACAAUCUCUUCGAAACAAUCAACUUCUUUGUUCAGCAAAUAGUGUCAAUGCUGAUGAACUCAACAUCCUCACAACAAACCUGCACUCUAUUCAAGGCAUCCAACUGCAGUUUCAAAAAUAUAGAAGAAUUCGUAAAGUUUUCUCCUGAAAACUAUCCCAAAGAACCUAACUUGCAUGACUGCGCUAUCUAUGGCACGCUGUACAUGGAUUGUUGGAACGGAAAAGACAUGAAGGAGUUUGAACAAGAAAUCGUUCCCCAAUUCCGUAAGCUCAUUGCAUACAAGAUAGGAAACUUCACUCAGAACAAGUUCCAGUUUGAGAAGAUGAAUGCUGAUGUCACAAAGAAGAGGAGAACCCACCGUUAAUUUUGAUAGUCAAACUAGUAUGAAAUGAACUAAGAUGAACUUGUUUAUGUUUUCGUGUUUCGUGUUCGCCGUUAGGUUUCCGAUGGGAAUUACAGUGAUAUGCGUACAAUGAUGAACAUGGUUGUGUUUCACUCUUAGAAUUUUGAGAAAGUAGCAUCGACCAAAAAGAGUACCUAUGGUUUUCCAUGUAAGCAAUGGUUCUCCAAGUAAGCUCUUAUUACGAAAUGUUUGUUCAAACGUUAUACAG